AUGUUUUUUCUUCUUUCUUUGUUUCAUUUUCUUUCGCUCUUUCUUUUUUCAUUCUUUCUCUCUUUCUUUCUAAAAUCACAUUUAUAUUUUCUAUCAAUUUUCUUUCUUUUUUUUAAUAUUUUAUUCAUAGUUUUCUUGCCUAUUUUUACUUUCUCGUAUUUAACAUUCUUCUUUCUUUUUCUUGCUUUUUUCUUUCUAACAUUCCAUAUAUAUUUCCUAUCUAUCUUUCUUUCUUUCUUUCUUUCUUCUGAUUUUCUCCUGAUCUCUCUCGUUCUUUCUUUCUUUUUUUCUAAUUUUAAUUUGUACUUUUUCUUGCCUUUUCUUACAUUCUCAUAUCUUGUAUCGUCUUUCUUUUUUCUUGAUCUUACUUUCUUUUUAACAUUCCAAAAUGUUUUAUUCUCUAUUUCUUUCUUCACGCCCAUUUUAAUCGUGCGCGAUUUCUUUUUUCUUUCUUUCUUCUCAUUUAUAUUUUUCUUACUUGCUUUUAACUUUCAUAUUUCAUUCUUUUUAUCUUUUUUUCCCCUUCUUUUCCAUUUUCACCUUUGCUGGGAAACCUUAAAUACUUCUAUCUUUCUUGCUUCCUUCCUUCCUUCCUUCUUUCUUUCUUUCUUUCUUUCUUUCUUUAUUUAUUUAUUUUUCUCACUGAAAAAUAAACACUUUUCCGUCUUUAUUCUUUCUUUCUUUUUUAACCUUCGAUCGCAAGCUACUUUCUUUUCUUUUCUUUUUUUUUUGGUUUCUUUUUUGAUUGUCCAUUCCUCAUUCGUAUCUUCCUCCCAUUCAGACAUUCUUUCGACAUUUUACUCUUCUUUUUUUCCUUAUUUCUUCUUUCCUUUCUUUUGUUUCCUCUACACCUGGCCUUACAUUUGCAAAACCCCCGAUGUCUUCCCUGUCUACGUGCAGUGUUGGCAUCCAUUAACAUCCUUCUCAUACAUUUAA